AUGUUUUUUUUUGACUGUUUAGGUUGGAUGAUUGAUGAAAGCACUUCUCGAAAUGUAGAAAAAAGUCCCAUAAUCUAUGUCAGAUAUUUUGAAAAUUGGGAAUCUAAAACAAACUUUUAUGAAGUUUUAGGCUUAGAUGGUGAUGAUUCAAUCGUAGAGUUUAUCAAUAUUUUGCUUCAAGCGCAAAUCGAACGUUUAAAACUUAAAUGUUGGCAAAAUUUGUUGGAUAUUCCUGAAUUAAAUUUCAAAAGAUUAUUCAACAUACGUUGGACAGCUAUUCGAGAUUCUAUAAAACCUAUCAUGUUCAAUAUCGCACCAACAAAUCAAGCCUUAUUAGCUACAUUACAAGAGAUUAAAUUUGGUAAAAGUUUAACCAGUGAUGAUCGUGAAACAGCAGCUGAUUUAUUAUCUUCAAUAUUAAAUGAUGAUUCUUGUUUAUGCUUCAUUUCCAUUAUGAUUUACAUAAAUGUAAGAUUCGAACCAUCAAAAUUACAGCGAUAUUUUCUUGUCUUAUUUGAACCUGAUGAUUUAAUCAAUAAUAAAGAUGAAGUCAUGAAAUCAAAUUAUGGACGACAAGAACUUGAAUAUAUUCGCACGAAAUAUAGAAAUUUAAGUGGAUUUAAUUUGGAUAAAUGUCGAAAUGAAUGGAAAACAUUAAAAAUUUCAUUAAAUGAUUUUGUAUGUAUUAAUGAACAGCAAAAAUUUAGAAGAAUAUUUUGGAAAUCAUUCAUCUCAUGGAAAGAAGCGAUCGAUGGUUCUUUUCAUGGGCAGUACAAAAAUAUAUUAAUAUUACUAUCAAUUUAUUUGAUAUCACCAUUUAAUUCAGCUGAACGUGAACGUGGUUAUUAA